UGUGUGUGUGUGUGUGUGGGGUCCUCGGAGGAGUGGACUGCCCGGGCUUUUUUAACGUCCCCCUGAGUGGACACACAGGGCGCGCUCUCUCGCUCUCCCUGCUUCGCAAGCAAGAAGAAAAAGUGCAAACUGUCCUCAUCCGAUUACAUAAUGAUCCAGUAACAGUGAGCCGGAACCGGUGCUGCCAGUGCCAGUGCGCAGGGAGACACUGACUAGCUGCUGGGGAAUAGUCAACCAGAUGCACAGGAUGACUUCGACGUAGCGUCGCGAGAGCAAACAAUGCAACACAUUGGUGAAAAAUGACGUUAAACAUGUGUGAACCAUCAACAAGUGCAACCCGGUCAAGACCCUGAAGUUUUGCAGCAAUUUCUUUUUCUUAUUUUUUUCUAAGUCAUUCAUACAAGUUUUUUUUUUUGCACGUUUGCUGGACGGUGAAGCUGUCCAAGCUGCACUCAAAGCAAACAUCCGUAACAAGUCGACAGAAAGUGCCAGCCAUGACUUCAGCCACUCCUCCGUCCUCCGAAGGCUCCUCCCCGCAGAAAGUGUGCCAUUCCCAGACGCAGACGGACAUCAGCAAGCCCCUGCUGAGCUCCACGGGGGGAAGUGGGGCUCCUGCCGCCGGUGGGGGAGAAACGGGAGGGCCAAACGAGCUUCGCAGGAGACGCAGAGUCCUCUCCAAGGAUGGACGGAGCAACGUCCGCAUCGAACACGUCAGCGGCAGAGGGGCCCUGUACCUCCGUGACCUCUGGACGACGUUCCUGGACAUGCAGUGGCGCUACAAGUUCUUCUUUUUCUCUGCUACUUUUGCUGGGACGUGGUUCCUGUUUGGGGUGCUUUGGUACCUGGUGGCCCUUGUGCAUGGAGACCUGCUCGAGUUCGACCCACCGUCCAAUCACACGCCGUGUGUGAUGGAGGUGAAGACGUUGACAGGAGCCUUCCUCUACUCCCUGGAGUCGCAGACCACGAUUGGCUAUGGCUUCCGGUGCAUAACAGAGGAGUGUCCCGUAGCAAUAGUCCUCCUCAUUGUUCAGCUGGUCAUCACCAUGGUGAUGGAGAUUUUCAUCACUGGGACCUUUCUUGCAAAAGUUGCUCGCCCCAAGAAGAGAGGCGAGACGGUGAAGUUCAGUCAACAUGCUGUUGUGUCGUUUCACGAGGGUCGGCCCUGCCUGAUGAUCCGAGUGGCCAACAUGCGCAAAAGCCUGCUGUUAGGAUGUCAGGUGACGGGGAAGUUGCUUCAAACGUCUCUGACCAAAGAGGGUGAAACGGUGCGGCUGGACCAGCGCAACGUUCCCUUCCAGGUGGACACAUCCAGCGACAGCCCCUUCCUCAUCAUACCCCUGACGUUCUACCACAUCAUCGAUGAGAACAGCCCCCUCAGAGCCUGGGCAGCGAAGGGUGGAGGCUGGGCUGACCCUGAACUGGCUGACUUUGAACUGCUGGUGAUCAUGAGCGCCACGGUCGAACCGACGUCUGCCACCUGCCAGGUCCGGACGUCGUACCUUCCAGACGAGAUCCUCUGGGGGUACGAGUUCCCGCCCGUCGUCUCCCUCUCCCCGUCGGGGAAGUACGUGGCUGAUUUCGCCUUCUUCGACAAAGUGGCCAAAACCAAGACGUCUCCCUUCCGCAAGCAGCCGUCGUCGCCGAACGACAGAGCGGAGACGCGCCACAAUGGCGCCAGGGAAGACGAAACGAGCCGGGAGAGGCUCAUACUGGAGGAGAACUACAAGGGGAAAGAAAAGAAGCGGGAGCGGGGCCGCGUCAGAGACAGCAGCCCGCUCAGCGUUCGCAUCAGCAACGUAUGAAGCCGAGCGCAAAACAGGAAGCUGUGGGAGGAAGUGGCAGAGAGAAAAGAGGACGAAGAGGAAUUGUAAGCUGCUAUACGAAAUUGCACCAUCCCCCAGACACAGCCAGUAUUCAUCUUCUACACACACCAACAUGUGGACCACAGACAGGAAGCUGAGCACCUGAGAGCCACAGCAUUUCCUCACAACGACAAGCCUGUAAACAAUAACCUGUCAGCCAGAACUUAGACGGAGGACACCCGACUAGUACAAACUUACAGCAGGAUUUAAAUGUAUUUUAUAUUGUGUAAUGUGUAAUGUAAUGUACGAGGCCGCUCUGUUAAAAUGUUGGCCCGGUUCUUCUCUUAGAGAUGAAAUAUUUCUACACAAGAGAAAGGGACGAACAGCACCAAGAAAACUCUUUGAGUUUGUUGUGUGUAUUACUGAAUCGCAGUACUGUGUCUAAAGGCUCCAUUAUGCAACAACGCAUGAUGCUACAUGCUAUGUCGCACGUAGCAUCAUGCAGCAUAGCACGGGACAAGGAAGGGGCAUGCACCAUCUAAAUCAGGGGUGUCAAACUCCAGUCCUCAAGGGCCGGUGUCCAGCAGUUUUUAGAUGUGCCACAGGUACAAAACACUGGAAUGAAAUGGCUUAAUUACCUUGUGUAGAUCAGUUCUCCAGAGCCUUAAUGACCUAAUUAUUCUAUUCAGGUGUGGUGCAGCAGAGGCACAUCUAAAAGUUGCAGGACAGCGACCCUCGAGGACUGGAGUUUGACACCUGUGAUCUAAAUAUUCAGCUACCAUCAUUUUCCCGUAGUUCACGGUUUGCACUUACUGCAGCACGCUGGACCUUUUAAGAACUACCUGGAACGACUUGUGUAAAUACGACGUUUAUGUGUCAUUUUAAGGGACUGUUUCAUAUUUUAUUACACUCUGACAGCAUUAACCGCAACAUGUUCGUCUCCGAUGACUGGCAUGGGCUAAAUGAGUUUAGUCGUUUUACUAAAAGAAAGCACUUUAACUGGAAAUAAAAGUGGGAUUUUCUUUUUCAAACAAGCAAUAACAAAACUAACCUCAUUAUUGAGUUAAAUGAUUAAAAUGUGCAUUUUCACCAGCUGAUGUUCUGUGGGAAUGAGAUAACGUCUUUUUGAAUGAAGCUUUUUGUGAACUUAUGUACAGCAUGUUCCCUUGCGUUUAUGUACAGCUCAUGUAAAUAUAUUCCUCCUAUGUGCUUCCAUUUGGUAUAAACGGGCCAUUGACUGGCUGGUCUGACUGUUUAGUUUAACAUUUUAACUCUGUAACGUGCCUGCUGUAACGUCUGUCUUUCUACUGCUGACAUUUUGUUUCAAAGUUCAUGUCAGAAUGAAAACGAAGCACUUUGAACAAACCUUAAAGCACCAUUAACCUUAAAAGAAUAUGGUACUUUGUUAAAGAGGCCAUAUUAAUGUUUUGUUUUUUUUUACGUCCAAGAUUGUGUAAGGGAACAGAAAAUUUCCCCAAAAUCCUGAAAGUAGUUGAAGAACUUUUCCUUUCAGAAAGGCUUUGGGCCAAUGUCCCCAUAAUCAUAAGUACACGUUGCCAUUUUCUCACUUGAUUCUCACCCAUAAACAUCCACAGUGUAUUUUUCAUACAACAUUCAUAGAUUUAAAAAAAUAAUAAUUACAUAGCGUUUUAAAAAUGUAAUUGUCAUUAAACCCUGUUCUACACAGAAUAACCUUCAGUUAUUUUUGCUUAAAGUUCCCUACAGACCAGUUGACUGUAAAGAAACAUAAGAAAAUAUCACUUUGUAUUAAAUUAAAACUAGUAGCAUCCCUCUUGUAGACAUUAUUUAUUGCAGUCAUAAAAUUACACUUAUGGUAGACCACAAAUAGAUUGUAGAAAAUGACUUUGAAAUGAGUUGUUAAAAGUUGAAUCCUGAAACAUCUCAUGAGAAACAUCUCCAUUUUGUGCCUGAAGAAGUUGGUGAUGAAAAUAGAAAACGUCUGCUGGGGCAAAACCAAAAGUAAGUAAAUAAAUACACAGCUAAACAAUGAAAAGCCAAAUAUAAUAAUAAUACUAAUAAUAAACAGUGUGCUGGCUUAAAAAUAUCCCAGUAAAGUCAACUUUUGCAACACUCUUUUACGUCCACUUGAUAAAAUCAUAAGAUUGCCUGCCUUUCCGUCAGCGACAAACGACUGCUGAAAAUGUUUCAGGCUGAACGUUUGUCCUGGUUUCUGCAUCAGAAUAUGUUCAAUAAAUGACUCCGUCUUAAUCCUGGAAGCUCUCUGAUCAAACUGUCGAUGUAACUUUAAGUGCCUUGUUUAAUAAAUGUAUUAUUUGCAACAUGA